CUCUAGUUGUUGCAUGCGAUGGGUCGUUCUGAGGACACCAUCCAGCUGGGCUCUGUGCUUGCCCGGACGUUCACUAAGGCCGCCAUCAGCACGACUCGCAGCCUCGUUUGUGGCCCGGUGAUCACCACCUUGGCCCGCAACUACGGGGUGGACUACACAGGGAUGACAUUGGUCCGCGGACCAACCCCACUCGGCGAGCCUACUCUCUGCCACCAGCACUUGGUUGCUCGCCUCGGGCGUGUGCGCUGGAUCGCGGGCCUUCCUCAACCACCUAUACCUGCAGAGGGCGACCAGGCCGAGUCGAGCGCCGCUGGUGGGCGCCGCGUUCCCCGUCGUGCCCAGGCUCCCGCGAGCCCCUCUCCUGCUCCCCGGUCUCCUUCUCCAGGGUCACCUCCUCCAGUGGUGGUGCCCAUCUCCGACCAGUUGGCGGCGAUCUCGCAGCAGAAUGAGCGCAUCCUGGCCGGCCAGGAGCGCAUCCACACCCGCCUUGACCGCGAGCGGGACCGAGGGCGUCGUCUCAUGUCGGGGCAGCACUACAUCAUGUCCUACUUGGGAUUGGAGCCAAACGCGGUCCACUACCCGUUCGUGCAGUCCCCAGGGUUCGAGGAUGAGUACCCUCCACCCACCAGCGAUGGUGGUGAUGCCUUCUAGAGCGGGUUUUGUGCUUUAUUUGUUUUCCAGACUGAGACUCCGUGUUUUGUGGUUUCGUUUUGUUUUGUUUUGUUUUAUCUUGGAUUGUAGACUUGGUACUCUGAUUCCUAUCACCCAGUGUGUGUGUUUUUGUUGUCUCUAGCUCUGUGCCUCCUUCUUUUGACUGGUCCGCCAUCCAGUCAACGUUCCUGACCACUGUUUCACGGUAACAUCGUUCCCCUUCCCUCUGCUCCAUUGAGGACAUUGUCACGUUUAAGUGUGGGGGGGUUCUUUGUAUGAACUGGAACGUAUGUAUGUGUGCUUGGAGCCUAGUCCACUGUCCAAAUCUCGAGAUUUGAGGGCUCCAAGCACGGCUGUUUGCUUGAUAAUUGAUCGUAUUGGCACUGUGGAUGUGAUUAGUGAAUUGAAUGGCUUUUGCCUUUAUACAUGACAACUUGAGUGUGACUUAGACAACUUAUUGUGAUGAUUGAGAUGUGCAGUAGAAUUGUGUAGGGGUUCAGUUUUUCAAUUGUCUGCUCACCAAAUGUGACUUGGUUCGAUCACUUGCUUUUGACAGUCAUUUAUGCAUCUAGUUCAGGGAAUCAGAACGAGAGAUAGAGCAUAUAGGUAGCCAUGUGAGAUUUGAGCCUGCUCGUUUCUUUCUUGUGCGAUAGUUUCCUCUUCCAUGAUGUGCAGCAUUCACGUUGUCAUUAGCUAAGAUGAUGGAGGCAUAGGAUUAGCCCACGACCAAAUUGACUGUCCUGGUGUGUCAUACCCCUAGUCAGCCCCUUUGAGCCGUGUGUUUUCUUUCUUUCGGUCUUCAAUGAAAAGUCACCCUUUUGCAUCUUUUAGAAGGUUCCACAGAGUGAUUUUUACAUGUUCUCUGCUGUUUCUGCUAAAUGUAAUGUGAGGGUUGGAGGUAGUGCUUAAAAGUUGGGCAGGUGUUUGAAAUUGUGCAGAGGCGGUGGUUCUCUUAAGAAAUGAAAAAUAAUGAAAGAAAAACAAAGAAAAAAAUGAAAGCAAAAGAGAGCCACCACAAAAAAUUUGAAUAAUGCCCAUGUAGUAGUGUUUCUUAGCAGUCUGGCUUAGAAAUACUAGCAUUUAUGUAACCUCCUUCGCUCUUGUGCUUUGAACUUGAGUAAUGCAGAAUAGCAGAAAGAAAGUUAUUGGUUUGAUUGAUUGUGAGUCUGUUGGGUUUGAAAAUGUGGAACCUUGUGCUGUAUGAAUACUUCCACCACCUAAAAGGCCUUUUCCCCAUGUCCGAGACCCUAGCCAGUCAUUUGAACCUGUGUCUAAGACCUCCGGAUUAGUUAGUGAUGACAACCCAUAUGUGAACUCUAGCACUUAGAGGCUGCAUUCAUGAUGAAGAGAUGUUAGGGAUUGAGAGAUUAAGCAUGCGCAUUUUUCGCAUCAUAUUGUCCUGACCCCACUAGUCGAGAGUGAGCGAUUCAUUUUCUCUUUUUCUCUAUACUCUUUAUCCCGGUGAGGACCUAGAUUGCUCGGUCUUAAUUCUGAUAUAUUGAACUUUGUGCAUGAUGUGACUGUUUUGAACAAGUGGUUGAGUCAAGUCUAUGUUGGUUGGUGAACAGAAGGGAGACUCUUCCUUUGCUCGAUUUUACUGCAUUCGAAUGUCAUCUGUGGUGGUUGUCUGGGUUGUCAUUGAAGUUGUCCAUGUGUUACUGAUCGAAAGCCAGUAUGAUCCACGUGUUUUGUGCCGAUAUGUCAUGCCUUGUUGUUUUGAGCUUACCUUGUGUCUGACUUGGUUUGCUUGGGGACAAGCAAACGGUUAAGUGUGGGGGGAUUUGAUAACGAUGUAAUUGCACGUAUUUGCACCCAUAAUUCUUAUCCGUUUGAGAGGCAUAGUCGUGUAUUUUGGCCUAUUUUACGCCGGGCUGUGCUAUUUUGUCAUAUUUUAGGUCCCAUGCGUCAAAAGGAAAGGCUAAGCACGAGUUUCGGGGCAUUCGGAAGUCAUUUCGUCGAGCUGGAGCCAAAACACGGGCAGACCUAAAACAGAACACGGCCGUGUUCUGUGGCCGUGCUUUUACUGCCGAGAGCAAAUUCAAGUUUGGCAAACAUUGGCUAAAAACACAGGCAGGGCUUAGCCAAAGCACGGCCGUGGCCACCAAAGCACGGCCGUGUCCAUCAUCAAACACGCCCGUGUUUCGCCCAAUGCACUGGCCGUGUAAUGAACCCUAGCGAAAACACGGGUUGGCUGAGGCAUUACACGGCCGUGCCCUCGACCGUGCUUUGGCCACUGAUGCCCUUUUAAGCAGAUUUUCAGCCAAAGAGAAGGGGAUUCGAGUUUUGAGAGAGAUAGAGCGAUUCCUAGAGAGAGAAAGUGACGAACAAGAUUCUCCAAGUGCCCUAGAUUGAUCUUCAACACCAUUGGAGGCCAGUUUGAGCUUGGAGAAGUGCCGAUCAACACCCAGGAGCAGGAAUCCAUCCUUCACAGUAUGAAUUUCGCGUCUGAUUCUGCUUUUGCUUCUUUCUCCAUGGAGUAGUUCUCCCAUUCAUCUGGGUAUGGAGAACCCUAGAUUUGUAUGUUAGGCUUUGAUUGUAUGAACCCAUGUACUGAUUCUAUGAUUUGAUUAUAUUCGAUUGAGGUUUGAAUGAUUGAAUGACAUGAAUCCUGAUCAAAUUCCUGUUGUUUAUGCUUUAACCUAGAAUGAGAAUAUCUGCCUAGGUUGAUAGAGCAUCCUUGAUUGAAGGUAGGGAGUUGGUGACUUUAGUCGAGGAGCCAACUCACUAUUCUGUACCGGAUUUACUCCGGUAGUGGAGGUUUUGUUUGUUAAGGCCUCAAUCUGUUUACUCCGGUGGAGGUUAGUCGCCCGCUAGAGACUCAGAUUGAGAGGGUUUGAAGACCUUUAGUCGAGACUUCAGGCUGUUUAAGAACCUUCCGCAGUAUAACUAUCAUAGAAACUGAACUUGGUAAUUACAAUCCGGCUUAACUGCAGUCUAGGGGGAACCAUAUCCGGGUGACCUCUCUUAACCUGAAUACAACCGUUUACUUGCU